AUAUUUAAAAUCACCCGGUGAAUUAUAGGGUGCGGGGUCAGGCUGAAAAGAAUCUGGUUACAAAUUAUAUUUUGGUGAAUAAUAAUAUUCCGUUUUCGUUUCUCUUUCAACUGUCUUCGUUUUUCAUCUCUCUCCAUAAGCGAGGAAGAAAGACUGCUUUGCAGUUCUCGGUUUGUAUACGAAAAAUACGAAAUACGGUUCCUGUUUCUCUGCUCGUUGCUCUGUUCUUUCGAAAAUGGCUGCUGUACUGGACGAAGUCGGCCAGUCUGCCGAAAAAGUCGUGGACGAGGUGAAAGAUGAUAUCGUUGACGAGGAAGAUGAAGCUGGAGCAGCAGAAGCUUCAAAAAAGAAAAAAAAGAAGAAAAAGAAGAAGAAAGCCGGAGCUGGAGAAGCUAGUGCUGAUGUUCCAGAAGGGGAUGAAAAUGGACCGAAAGAUACUGAUGGAGUUCCAGACGGAUCUGCCGAAGUGACAGAAAAUGGGGCAGAAUCUGAAGAAGCCAAGAAAAAGAAAAAGAAGCGUAAACCACGGAAAGGUGGAGCCAACCAACAAGAUUCUAUUUCAGUUCCAGUAUCAGAAUUAUUUCCAGAUGGUAAUUUCCCAGAAGGAGAGAUUAUGGAACAUCCUCAUGCGACAGGAAUUGAUGAUAGAACUGCAAAGGAUCGAUUUUCGAGCGAAGAAGCCAGAGCUCUUGACCGAAUGCAUGCCGGUAUUUAUAAUGAGGCUAGGCACGCUGCCGAGGCUCAUAGACGAACACGAAAGCAUAUUAUGAAUUGGGUGAAGCCUGGAAUGACAAUGAUCGAGAUAUGCAAUGAGCUUGAAGAUACCGCUAGAAGGUUGAUAGGGGAGAACGGGCUUAAAGCUGGAUUAGCAUUUCCUACUGGUUGUUCAAGGAAUCAUUGUGCUGCUCAUUACACACCCAACGCCGGAGAUCCAACAGUUCUUCAAUACGAUGAUGUUACCAAAAUUGAUUUUGGAACACACAUUAAUGGUCGAAUCAUUGACUGCGCAUUUACCUUAUCAUUUAAUCCAAAAUACGAUAAACUCAUCGAAGCUGUACGCGAUGCGACAAAUACCGGUAUCAAGGCUGCUGGUAUCGAUGUGCAGUUAUGCGAUGUUGGCGCUGCUAUUCAGGAAGUCAUGGAGUCUUAUGAGGUUGAAAUAGACGGCAAAACUUACCAGGUGAGAUCGAUUAGAAAUUUGAAUGGACAUUCAAUUGCUCCGUACCGAAUUCACGCGGGAAAAACGGUACCUAUCGUAAAAGGUGGCGAGGCCACUCGAAUGGAGGAAAAUGAAUUUUACGCAAUCGAAACUUUCGGCUCGACUGGUCGAGGUGUUGUUCAUGAUGAUUUGGAUUGUUCACAUUACAUGAAAAGUUUCGAUACGGGAUUCGUACCACUCAGGCUGCAGAGCAGUAAAUCUCUUUUGAAUACAAUCAACAAGAAUUUCAGUACUUUGGCCUUCUGCAAGCGCUGGUUAGACCGAGUUGGUUGCACCAAGUACCAGAUGGCUCUCAAGGAUUUGUGCGACAAAGGUGCCGUCGAGGCUUACCCGCCCUUGGUCGACGUGAAAGGAUGCUACACGGCACAAUUUGAGCACACUCUUGUUCUUCGUCCAACUUGCAAGGAAGUCAUUUCGCGCGGAGACGAUUAUUAAACAGCAUGUAAGAUAUUAACGAUGAAUAUCAACUUAUUUACCAACUGAUUUAUAUUUUUGUUGAAUUAUUUGCGCCACGUGAGCAAUCAAAGCUAGCGGCGAAGUCUAAACUCAGUUUUUAUACGAGUUUAAAUGUUACAACUCUACUACUAUGUACUAAUUAUUUCAUCAUUGCCACAAGCGCAUUGAAUCGUAUAUUGUGAUGCGCAUUCUGAGUCGCUUUACAUUGCAUUUUUUGUUUUUUUUUGUCAUAAAGAAACAAUAUUCAAUAUGGAUGUUGAAUAAAAUAUA